AUGAAAAGCAUGAUUGAGGAAGUGAAGAAGGACGGAAAAAGAAAUGGAGGGAAUUCCCACGAAAAGACUUGGAAUAGAAAAGGCCUUUUGCAAGAAAGACAUGCUGAGAGGGUACCUUCCAAUCGAGGCGAAAUUGUGAAGCCUGGAGAUGGAGUGGGUGCUAACAGGAGGGGGAGAUAUGAAAACGGCCUGAGCAUCGAUGCAAAUGAAAAGAAAGCAAGUGCAGAAGACAUCAUGGCAUGCGAAGCUUCUUCGUCGAGUGGAAGUGUAGAAGAAGGCAUGAAAAAGUUGCUGUCGAAGGACGUAAGGCCAGCAGAGGGUAUUAGGUGGGAGGCAUUCGGGCUAAAGCCCUUGCUUCUGAAGAGAAUAUACAGUAUUGGAUAUGAAUUCCCCUCACCCGUCCAAGCAGAAUCUAUUCCACAUGCUCUCAGGGGAAAGAAUCUACUGGUUAGAUCGAAGAACGGGACUGGAAAAACAGCGUCCUAUGUGAUUCCUAUGCUCAAUGCCAUAAACCCCGAGGAGCUGAGCAUUCAGGGGGUUAUACUUGUUCCUAUAAGGGAGCUUGCACUACAGAUAUCAAGGAAUGUCAAGAGGCUAUCUGAAGGCAUGGGGGUGAUAUCUGUGCCUGUUGUUGGGGGAACAAAUAUGCAGGAUGACAUCAUAAGGGUAUCCAAUGGGGUCCAUGUGAUGGUGGGGACACCAGGGAGGAUAGUGGAUCUGGUUGAGAAGAAGAUUGGAGUGCUCUCAAAGAAGGUUGUGCUUGUGUUUGACGAAGCAGACAAGCUACUUGAUGUGACGUUUGGAGAAACAGUCACCAGGCUUCUGGAGCUACUGCCUAAAGAAAGGCAGAUAUUACUGUACUCAGCAACAUUUCCAUAUUUUGUUACGGGCUUCACCAAGAAAUACAUGAAGGAGCCACUAUGCAUAAACUUGAUGAAGGAGCUCGCACCCAUAGGAAUCAGGCAGUUCUACACGCAGGUGAAGCCCUCUGAAAAGCUUCUGUGCCUGAGAUCCCUUCUUUUGAAACUGAAGAUUAAUCAAUGUGUGAUAUUCUGUAACAGCAUCAGGACUGUGGAGCUCCUUGCCAUGAAGAUUACUGGAAUGGGGAUGCCUUCUUAUUUUAUUCAUUCAAAGAUGGCACAGGAGGAUAGAAAUAUAGUGUUCCAUAACUUUCUGAAAGGAAAGUGUAAGAUUCUAGUUGCAACCGACCUCAUCACACGUGGAGUCGAUGUCCCAAACACAAACUAUGUGAUCAACUUCGAUGUUCCCAAGUCUCCUGAGUCUUAUCUCCAUAGGAUUGGAAGGGCAGGUAGAUUUGGAACACGUGGUGUUGCAAUAAGCCUGGUUACGAUAGAAGAAAAAGAGAUGCUGGCAGAUAUAGAGACAAAGCUAGGAAAGGAAAUAUCUCCACUUUCUGACGGAGGUCUAAACCGCUUACAUGAAAGUAACAUAGACAAGAAUCAAGAAUAA